AAUAGUGAUGCUGUAGACCAAAUAGGCAAUCAAUAUAUAUAUGAUUAUGUAAUUGCUGUAGGAAAACAUUUUGAUAAAAAUGCUGCAGUAGUAAUAGAACACCAGCCCAAGCAACCUGACUGUAAAUUGCAUCCAUUUAACCCCGGUGAUUGGGUGUAUGUUAAGAAUCUUUUAGGAAAACCCCUACAAGAAAAGUGGGAGGGACCUUUCCAAGUGCUGCUGACCACCUUCACCGCGGUUAGGAUCAAGGAGCGACCUACAUGGAUUCACUACUCUCGAGUCAAGAAAGCUCCAGAAGAUAAGCAAGAAAACUCCACAUCAUGAAGCCGACGUCCUUCCAAAUUACUUCGACCUGGACCGUUGGACUUUUGAUAAGUAUAGUUUUAUCCCAAAGCUCUACUUAUGAAGGACCGUGGUCUAAUGCUUACAUAGAAGUACAUGUCGGUGAUUCCGGUGAUUUCCCAGAAAUGGAGGUUUAUAUUUUACAUAACAAGCAACCUUACACGCCAGACCAAGGCUAUCUCAUAGCACAAAAGGGAGACCAAUUUCAAAUAGGGUGUCGAGAAGUUGAGGGACUAAUAGGAAAAACAGAUAAACUAACACUGAUAAUUAAAUUCUGGCCAGAUGAAUCUAAACAGGAUUUAAUCACUUAUAGCCAAGUAAAAAGAGGCCAGCCCAUUGUUUGGAUUCAACGGACGGGACCAAUCUCAUGUCAGUGGGAUAGUUUUGAAGGGGACAGAGCACAAUGUGAAAUUCUAUUCGAGUUAAAUCACUCAGUGACAUUCACCUGUAAUAGGGAGGGAAACCCUCCAGGUAAUUACACCGUUAUAAAAAGAAUUUCACUAGCCAAAGACCCAAUUGUAGACCCAUCUCGUGAAAUCACUCCACAAGUAGAAUGUAGAAGAAUACAUAAUUUCACUUUGAUAGGACCUCAAGUAAUAAGACAGUCAAACGAGUUGAAGUUACUACUAGAUCCUACAUAUUCUCUAAAGAAGGUACAGAUGAACAUUCAGACAGACAUUACACACUUACAAGAAGAUUGCCGACCAUUCAUACAGCACAGCCUCAAAGGCUGGAAUGCCUGGGUAACAACUAGAUCACACCGCAAACGAACACAAAGAGAUAUAAGCGGAUGGGUUGGUACAGGGUUCGGCAUAUUGAACACUAUAGACCAAGAAGUAUUGGUGAACAAAUUAAGUACCGUCACUUCUAAUUUGGGAAAGCUUUAAGCUCAUCUAUGCUAACUUUAGCAGAAACACAAUCCUU